AUGCUGAGCAGCGGCAGCCUCUUGCGCUCGGCUGCUCGCGGUGGUCGGAGGAUGUUGCUGCGUGGAGAUGAUGGCGACGGUUCCCGUGCGAUCUCGUCGCCAGUUGUGACUCAACACCAGCGAGAAGGCGACAAUCGGCUGGAAUUGACCCGAAUUGGUACAAUCGGUUGGGGGCAAACUAAACGGCGAGUGUACGGUAUGAAGCCCGACGGGACAUCACGGUGGCGGUGGGUCUCGGCUGCUGAUGCGUGGCCUCGACGGCAUUCUCGGUUCGUCCUGGUUGUACGUGGUGGAUCUCAGCGAUGGUUUGCUGACAGUUCGCAGGCUGGGGUUCGCGUGCAGAGGAGUUUCGAUAUGAGGGCGGUCAUUGGCAGGUUCGGACUGAUGGUUCGACUAGCGUGA